GGCUGGGCCCACAGGGAAGAAAUGGCGAGAAUGGUUAACCAGAACGGGUGUGGAGUGGAAACACAGAACCCAGAGCCGCAGGGACCGGGCCGGGGAGCGGCUAGAUGGGGUCCACAACACGCCGGUGCCCGAGAACUGGCCACUUUGUACUCGCCAGGCAAAAGAUGUCAAGAAUGGAUAAGUGUUCUCUUCUGCUUCUCUCUCAUGGCCUUCAAUUUCAUUCACCUCCUUGCCAAUUUCCACCUGGGGCAUUUGUGGUACAUUCUGUUGGGCAUUGUGGCAGGAAUACUCACCGCAGACUUUGCGUCAGGACUUGUUCACUGGGGGGCUGACACGUGGGGAUCAGUGGAUCUACCCAUCUUUGGAAAGGCCUUUAUACGACCAUUUAGAGAGCACCACAUCGACCCCACAGCCAUCACCCGUCACGACUUCAUUGAGACCAAUGGUGACAACUGCAUGCUGACCAUAGUCCCUCUAGCAAACAUGGCCUUCAACUUCCUCACCCUCUCCCCUGCGGAGAUUUACCAUAUCUACCCCUGGUACUGCUACUUGUUUGCACUAGCCAUCUUUGUUACCCUUACCAACCAGAUUCACAAGUGGUCGCACACGUACUUUGGCCUACCUCGUUGGGUCGUGUUCCUACAGGACUGCCACAUCAUCCUUCCCCGCAAGCACCACCGCAUCCAUCAUGUCUCCCCCCAUGAGACUUACUUCUGCAUCACUACAGGUUGGCUGAACUACCCACUGGAGAAGCUGGGUUUCUGGAGGAACCUGGAGGAUCUUAUCCAGGGUGUGACAGGAGAGAAGCCCAGGGCGGACGACCUGAAAUGGGCUCAGAAAGUCAAGUAACACUGCAGGCUAACUGCACCCUACCUCAGAAGACGCUGGCUCCGUCCAGGCUUCUCAUCCCCUUUUUUGCCUCACUUAAACUGUAAUCCAUAGGAAGGAAAACUAACAAACAGUUUCUGAUGCCAUAGCUUUAAGUCUUGCACAUUUUGUCUGUUUUUCAAGAGGAGUGCUUUGUUGGAAUUUUUCAUUACUCAGUCACUCAGUCACUCAGUCACUCACUCACUCACUCACUCACUCACUCACUCACUCACUCACUCACUCACUCACUCACUCACUCACGGAGAUCAUCAUUUCAAAUUGCAAUAUAUCCGUAACUCUCCGUAUGUCUAACACAGCUCAUCACUUUUUUUGAGGUUAUUUACAAAGCCUGUUGCUAAGAAGGUUUGGUCAGAUGCAUAAUUUUAAAAUCGCCGAACAAGGAGAUUAAAAGAUUCCCCUCACGUCAGAAAAUUCAAACGAUUCCAAGAAAGAAUACUUGAAAGCGUGAACACUCAAUUUUUUUUCUCCUCCAGAGUCACAGCUGCUCAUUUCAAGAGUCGAUAAAUCACGUUAUAUUUAGCACUGCUUUAUUUCUUCUGUAUCAGUCUUUUCAUCUCCACCUUAUCAAGGGUCUACUUGAUGUGCAAGUAAUAAAAUUGGAUUUAGGCUAUGGUAGGUAGGAGGGCUGGGGUGACGUAGGAUUUUAGGAAGCUUUACCAAUGUUGAUAGCUAAAGAACAAAUCGGUUAAUUACUGUUACAUUUGUUAACUGUUCUUUAAAGAGAGGUGAUGAGAAGAAGUGUUGUUUUUUUUCCAGUGCUAACCAGCGCCUGUUAUUGAUUCUAGUAACUUGCUACAAAUCAAAAUGCAGCCAUAUUUAAUAGUUUAGUUAUGAGUUUGUCAAUCCUAGACAAUGACUACAGUUACAGUGCUACUUUACAACCAAACUUGUCCCAGCAGGAUGAUAAAUGACAGGUCAGACAGCUCAUAAAACACGUUUUAAAAUGAACAAACCAAAAAGAAUAAAAAACCAAAUUAUUGCUGUCAGAUCCUGAGCUGAUAUUUUUAUUUCAAUUUGUUAUUUUCUGGCCAUUGAAACUGCAAACAUGCAGGAUGAGAAAUGUUCAGGCUAAGUGGAGAUUUGAUUUGAAAAAUCACAUGCGCGUAACUGUAGUCAGUGUUGAAUCGAUAGAAAAUCUGGGCAAAUAUACAUAUAUCAUUACUGUUGUUCUGCUCAAUUGUUCUGGACCUACUAUAAGUUGUCUUUUCAGAUGAUCACUGUGUCCACUGUGAAAAGCAUUUUUACGUUUUGCCUCCUGGUAAACAGACAGCUCUGCAGGAAAGGGGCACAUGCAGUUUUGUCAAGCUGCCUUACACUCACCGUAAAUGCAGUUCUUGUGUCUUUCUUUUGUUCUGUUUUUAUUUGCAGCACUUCCUCGUGUCGUUGCAAAGGAAAUUCCGUCUUUCUGGGAUCUGUGUCUCACUUAAUCAGUCACAGAUACUCCAAAGUGAUGUGCCAACUGUAUGUUACAUUGUUUUCACUCUUCACAUCUUUGCUACUCGUUUGUAAUGUGGGAAGGAACUGGCAGUUUCAGAACGUAACAUUCCCCGUGAGUAAUGUUGCCGCAGCGUACCGUCUUGGUAACUGUGACAAGUUGACUUGGUGAUGUUACAAGGGCUUCAGUGAAGGCUGACGAUCCAGGAAUUUCUUCACUCCUAUAGAUGAGAUUAUGUAAUUAAUUAAUUGGUCGAGAGUUUUUUUAAUGCUUUAGUCAGUAAUUUGUAAAUGUAUUGUACAGCAAAUAACUAUGCAGUGUAAUAAGAGGCCAUUAACUAUACGUCUUAACUCACAUGAUUAGGUUAAAAAUGCCUUUCUUUUUUAAUUGUUUACACAUAUUUACUUAGUUGGAAAACUGGAGCUCAAAAAAAUUAGCUACUUAAUGAACUGCAUGACAAAAUUACUUUUACUAAUGAAGAUGUCACUUACACAGACAUAAGAAUGCGUGCAUGCAUAGAGCAUGUUGGCUUGUGCAAGCAAUAUACUGGGUCACCAGCUUUCCUUUGAGUUUGUGUAAAGCAGACACUGACCAGGGAGGAUUGUGCUCGCUCCUGAUGAAAUUAAUUGUACUUCGUUCAAAAGAUGACCCCCAAACUUUGACCAAAUGGUCCCAGGUUUGAGCUACCAAAAUAUUAUCUUCAUUCCAAGGAAAUCCUGGCAAAGGUUUUAGGGUUUAAAUGGGAGACCCUAACCUUGCUGUUCAGUUGGGCUAACCAGGCUGAAGGCUUAAUGAUCAAGCUUUUGGUCUUAUACUCCAAGUAGAUAAUUUAAAUAUACUUAUAGUUCACUUUGAAACCAAAAUUAUGUUUUAUAUUAUGUAAUAUUCCAGUUGUUGAAUCCUUCAUACUUGAUUAUAUAAAAUUAUUCACCAUAGGUCAACAGCAGACGUUCACUACGUUUGCAUAGUGCUUGUAGAGUAUUGUGAGGAGCAAUUCUGUGUGCGCUAGGUGGUGUAAUGUAUGCUGGUAAAUGGAUGGCGUUAUGUGUCACUGCAUCAAAGUUUAAAGCCUGCAUAUAAGUUCUACUCCUGUAGUUCUUUUUUGAUCAGUAUCAGUAUUCUUGGGGCACCGCUGACUGCAAUCAGUAGACACAUUUGAACUUUGACACACAACUUAUUUUCUAAAUAGGACUUUUUGCGUUGGCCCCUCUGGAUGUUUCGGCGCUUCAGUAAAUUUCUUUUUGUGGUAAUAUAAAAGUAAUGACAAUUUUAAGGACGUUUUGUGUUUUUGUAAUACUGAAAAAUAGGACAAGCUAAGGGCAAUGCUUAGAAAUACUAGACAUGACAUGCCAUAAUUAGUUUGGAGACAAAACUGACAACCUUACACAAAAACUAUAUGGUGAACUCAGAAGGAACCCAUACCAUAAUAACCUUUGCGUAGAGACAGACUUCCUAUAAUUGCUAUUUAUAGCUGUUGUAGUUGAGAGUCUGGUUUUUGAGUAUGGAUCUAACAUGUAUUGACUUAUGUUUCAUUCUUAUUCUCCAGAUGAUCUCAGGAUUGUGGUUAAGGUGAUAUUAAAGUAGUUUAGUAUGAAUUUGUAAAAAAAUAAAAUCACAAAACAAAGCACUCCAUUAGUGAAGUUAAGGCCGUUAUUUAAUAGAUAGAUCAAAGUUGUUUAAAUCACUUAUUUCUAUCAAAUUUUGUUUGUUGGCCAUAGUAGCCGAAUGAUUUUUUAAAAUGCAAUAUAGGUUCUGUUGUAGCCAUAUCAGUUCAGUUAACUUGGCCUCUUGUUAUUGAGGUAGAAUUUGUGAUCAAGCUGUGUUUGGUUUUUUCUGCUUAAAGGCAAUGGGCUUUCAUUAGUGGAUUCGAAGGGUAUUUUGUGACAAUGUGUGGUUAACUAAAUAUUUUCCCACUGGAAAUAAUUUUGUGGAAACAAAUGAACUUGUUAGUAAGUGGGGUGGGCAGUUGUUGGUAUGUUUGACAUGCUGUGUUAUAAUUGCUUUUGUAUUGAUCCUUGGACUUUUUAUUCAAUUGCCUUAUCCUCUCCUUAAUUGAUUUACUGUAAAUCUUGCCAGCGAUAUGGGAAAACACUUCAUUGACUGACUUUAAAUUGCCCUUCACUUGCCUCUCACUUCUUCUGAGGCAAGACCCAUAUGGAUGUUGUAGUUGGUUAUAUAUGCUGGUGGUGAUGGAGUUUUAGAUAUCAGAAUAAUGCCUUGAUGCCUUUUUGUUGUCUUCCAUGUUGGAGACUUACAAUGUAUAUAUUAAACUGUAUUUAUAAAUAAACUAAAUAAACAGUUGAUAAUUA